AUGGAAUUAAAAGUAGGACCAUUAGGAGACUAUAGCUAUGGAGAGAAGUGGGAAGAAACUGGCCGUGGCAAAAUAAGUCACAUUUUCAUCACUUACGACAGCAGAUGUGUAAAAUCCAUUCAGUUUGGAUAUGUCGUAAACGGAGCUCUGGUCUUGUCGAAAAGGCACGGCGCAUCAGAGCUUAAAUGCAAAGACGACAGUACUCGAAUUGUGAGAUUGAACCAUGAAACCGAAUUUGUCACUGGGAUCAGUGGAAAGAAGUGGAUCCGCGCCCCUCUAUUACCGGGAAUUAAUUAUUUUUCACCUCUUUCACCUCUUACAUUUCAUACAAACGAGAGAAAGCACUUGGCCUUUGAAGCGGAAUUGGGCUCACUGAGAGGAAAACGACCUCUGAAGGCAGAGUUUCAUUCCGGAAUACAUGACCGCCGUCAAUUUGGCGGUUUCUUUGGAUCUUUCGGCAGUUUUGGAUUGAGUUCUAUUGGUCUCUAUAUAAGGCCUAUCCUCUCUGGUGUACACACUAUCAAACAAGAAAAUGUUUGA